UUCAUUUCAGCUGGUCUGCACUUACCUUGCCAGAUGCUCGGAAGCACACAUGGCUCCUGGCUGCUGGACCGCAGAUGCAGCACGUAACCACCGUUGCAGAAAAUGCCGCUGGGGAGCCCUGGUGUACUUCGGCAGUGCUGAGCCUUCUUUAAGAAAACGCUCUGGGCCCCCAGAACCAUCUGCCUGCUUCCGUCUGCUAGAGGUGGUCCUGAAAGGGAAGUACCAGCCGGUGGAUGUACCCGCCGCUGUGGCGGUGGGCCAGUGGCCCCUCUGCCCGUGGUUAGGGGAUGUGGAGAAAGAGAAAGAGACUCACAAUUACCUCAGCAAAGAGGAAAUCAAAGAGAAAGUUCAGAAAUACAAUUUAGCUGUCACGGAUAAGCUGAAGAUGACCUUGAAUUCAAAUGGGAUUUAUACUGGCUUCAUUAAAGUGCAGAUGGAGCUCUGCAGACCUCCACAGACGUCUCCCAGCAGCAACGGCUGCAUGAACACGCUUCAUAUCAGCAGCACAAACACUGUCGGGGAAGUCAUCGAGGCCCUGCUUAAGAAGUUCCUUGUGACGGAGAGCCCUGCCAAGUUUGCACUUUAUAAGCGCUGUCACAGGGAAGACCAAGUCUAUGCCUGCAAGCUCGCAGACCAAGAACACCCUCUCUACCUGCGGUUGGUAGCAGGGCCCAGAACCGACACACUCAGCUUCGUUCUGCGGGAACAUGAAAUCGGAGAGUGGGAAGCCUUCAGCCUUCCGGAGCUGCAGAACUUCCUGCGCAUCCUGGACAAGGAGGAGGACGAGCAGCUGCGGAGCCUGAAGCGGCGCUACGCGGCCUACCGGCGUGAGCUGGAGGCGGCGCUGGGCGAGGCGCGCACGCCCGGGUAGCGUCUGCAGGUGCGCGGAUUUCCCUGCGGGCUGUUUUCCAGGUUGAACCGAGCUUAGGGUAGGGAGCUUAGGGUAGGCGGCUGUUUUCUCCUUGUUAGCUGGGAAGUUCACCAGAUACGGAGCUCACAGCGAUUUUGUGACAAUCCUCCCUCUGCCAUUCUGCCCUUCCUUCUCCUCCCCUCCUUCCCUUCUCCUUCCCUCCUUCCCUUUUCCUUCCCUCCCUCGCUCCCUCUCCUGUUCCCCUCGCUCGCGAGGUUAGCGUCUGUUCUCACGCGCAGCGCAGGGUUCUGAGGCUCAGCAGUCCCGCGGCAGCUCAGUUCUGGACGACCUGACUGCAGGGCGGCCCCGAGGAAGGAGAAGUCCGCGCCGCGGACCCGCACCCGCACCCGGCGGCGCUGUGGAACUGUCCUAACAAAAGUGCAUGUUCCUUCCAACCAAAGAAACGCGUGUGCAAUACAAAGCCUUCCUUCGGAACAGGUGGAAUAAACCCACUUUCUGUUGUGGCGAACAGGCUGAGGAUGGAGGGAAGGGUGUGCUGAUUUUCCAGAGGGGCCUUACAGUCAGUCUGUUUUUAGUUUAGAUUUGUUUAUAAAUUCCCAAGGAAUUGUUAACGCUUUGGUGACACCUAAUGGAUUCUUUGUGAAAUUCCAAGGUGCUUCGGCUCUUUGCUUAAGUGAACCGUGCCUUUUCCUGCGUUUCUGCUUCCUCCCGUGGCUGUCCCUGACUUUCAGAGAACACCCGCCUUGUUGGAGGCAGAGUUAAGUGUUGGUUGUGCCGUGCCACACAAGCUGCCAAGGCAGUCAGACCUUCCUAGGCUUUUAAGAAGAAAGAAUAGAGCUAGCUAUAAAAUACGUGUGGCACAUCGUGUUUAAUUUUGCAUGUGACUUCUUUCUGGUGCAUCAGUGGGGUUUCUGUGACAUUGUCAUCCAGCACGUUACCGUACUGUUCAGGGAAGACCCUCACGAUUUCGAUGCUAGUUCUGCUGUCCAGACUGUCGCUCGGGUUUGAGUAUACUGUAUCAGCCACCUGGUCUUUUAAUUACUCAUCCCAGGACACUUAGACUUUGUGAAGUAUUUGUUUCUCGGAUUAAGACACUGUUAGAACCUGAAGUAGCAGCUGAUGGGCAUCUGUGAAUUUUUUUUUUUUUACUUGAAGUAGAUCAUGUAGAAUAGGCGUCCUUUGUAUUUAUCAGAACCUCGCUCACUGUCAUGUGCACUACAAGUUGCAAUUUGGAAACCUUACUGUGUUGGAACCCUGUCAGCUCAGUUGUUGAAGACUGAUGUUCUCUCCCAGACACUGGCUACAGCAGCAGCAUUUUUCACGUGUAAAAGGAGGAAAAAGGCCCUUAAGGCCAAAGGGUUGUUUUUUUUUUUUUUAAACUCAUUGUACAAAUCCUGGUGUUAAAUUAAAACUAAGCUUUGCUGUAAUAUUGUUUUCUCUUCAGAAUGUGAUGGUACAGGAAGGGUGUGAAAUGAAGGGACGGUGUUACAGGGGAGCAUUUUAAAUUGCAGAAGUUAAAAUGUUAUAAUAUUUAUAAUUUUGAUGUUUUAUUUUUAUAGGGAGGAUUUUUUUCCCCUAAAAUUGUUUCUGGAAUGGCAAAAUGAUUUCCAUUAUUAAAAGUUGAAGUUGUUAGUUGA